UUGCUGAGCAGGUCGGACACAUUUGGCGGCGCACAUCCAAUGUCAAAUGCAGGCGCGUUACCGUUGACUUAGCUGUGUGGCGGAACCCACGGGACGCGAUGCGCCUCACGCUGCAGACGCUGAUCUCCCACGGCCGGGUGGCCCGGAAGAUGGGCCUGGGCCCGGAGUCCCGGAUCAACAUGCUGCGGAACAUCCUGACGGGACUGGUCCGGCAUGAGAGGAUAGAAACCACGCAGGCCAGAGCCGAUGAAGUCCGCUUCUACGCCGAGAAGCUCAUCGAAUACGCCAAGAAAGGAGACACCGACGAGAAGGCGAUGAAAAUGGCCAGUUUCUGGCUCACGGAAAAGGAUCUCGUCCCGAAGCUCUUUAAAGUCCUCGCUCCGCGUUUUGAGAGCCAGUCGACCGGCUACACACGGAUGGCCCGGAUCCCCAACAGGGAGAACCUGGACAGAGCCAAGAUGGCCGUGUUGGAGUACAAAGGCAACCCUUUUCCGCCUCUUUAUCCGGCGAAGAAGGAGAAUGAACUGACUCUCAUCAACCAGCUCCUCAAAGGCUACAGAGAAGAGAGAGCAAGAGUGUUGGCCGCAGCAGCUUAGCUUAGCUUAUACCACCAUGGCUUUGUUUUCUCAUCCUGCAGAAAGAGACAUUUCCUCACAUGAACAGUUCUAAGGCUCUGAUAGAGAACUGAAAUCAACAACAGAUCUGUAAGAUAAGAAACUAAUUCUGUAAUAAUAAAUGUUAUUUCUCCAAAC